AUGGCCUUAGAGAAAAAGCCAAAACAUUCUACUUCAUUCUCUAGUGCACGGCUAUGGGAAGAUAGAAUAAGUAAUAUCUUCAAGAAAGAAGCUGAAAUUCAGUUUGAUAAUCUCCCAGCCCUAUGUGUCUUCCAAGUCCCAAAACUUUUGAUUGAUCAAAACCCAGAAGCUUACACCCCUCAGUUGAUAGGCAUGGGGCCUUACCAUCAUCUCAAGCCCGAGCUCUAUCACAUGGAGAGAUACAAGCUUGCAGCCAUUAAACAGAUUCUUGACCCCUCACAAAUCCUCAACUUUCAACACACUGUUGUUGAUAAAUUUAGGCAAAAGGAUCCCAUGAUUCGGGCUUGUUACAGCAGGUUCAUGGACCUCCAAGAAGGCACUUUGGCUUGGAUUAUUGCCAUUGAUGGCUUGUUCUUGAUCCACAUUUUGCAUACUCUUUCAUGGGGUGACAAUAUUCUCACCCGGGACAUAAUCCUCCUCGAGAAUCAGAUUCCUGUAGUUCUUCUUAAAGAAAUCUUGAAGCUGGUUGAACUAUCAUCACCUUCCAGUGAUGAUGAUGAAGUAUUCUCGAUGUUGUUGAGGUUUUGCGAAGCGCAUUCGCCUUUGAAAAUCUCAACGGAAACCAGGAAUUUCAAUCAUUUCCGACAACCUCUGCAUCUGCUAGAUCUCAUGUACCAUUUGAUUGUCAAGGAUCAAGGUCCAGCGUUGUCAUCGUGCAGAUUGGUUGAGGUUCCAAUUCAGGAGAUUUCUGUCCUACAAAAAGCCAUAGUUGAAACCAAGUUGAUUGUAGCUCAAGAACACAAUGGCCAAGAUCCAGACACGUUCCAAAACUUUGAGGAAAUUAUAAACGGUCUUGAGUCUAUGGGUCUAAAACACACACGACAUAUUAUAACGCCGGUUAAGGCUGUCUCCAACGUGAUUCCAUGGACCACCAUUUCAGGGCUAUUCAGGACAGCCACGAAGAUUGACGGGGACGACGAAGACGAGAUAACAAUCCCUUCAGUGGCGUCCUUAUGGCGCUACGCUUGUAUCAGAUGCUCCCCAAUUCUACAAGGAGGGAUCUGCAGCAUCAAAUUUGACGAACACGAAGCCACCCUUUACCUCCCAGUUAUCACUCUAAACUCAUGCUCAGAAGUUAUUCUGAGAAACCUCGUAGCGUACGAGGCUUCCAUGCUCAGAUCAAGCUUGGAAUUUGCGCGGUAUGUGAAUCUGAUGAAUGGGAUUGUGGACACUGCGGAGGAUGUUAGGAUGCUGAGGCAAAAUGGGGUGAUCAAGGGCACUCUCAGUGACCAAGAAACUGCGGACCUCUUCAAUGGUAUGAAAAGGUUUUUCACAAAACCAGAUAAGAGAUCCAACAUUGAGGUUGCCAUCAAGAAGACCAAUGAGUUCUAUGAUAUGAGGAUGAUCGUCAGGGUGUAUAGGAAGGUGAAGAAAAAUGCACACAUGACAUGGAAAGUUUUUGCUGUUCUUUCAUUCAUUUUAACCCUAGCACUGUUGGCUUUCCAAACAUUUUGUGGGUCCUACCGUUGCAGCAAUCUUUGGGCCAAGGAGGAAGGAUAG